AUGUCUCUGGAAAUGUCAAAUGGGCCUAAGCCUUACGCCUGGCUUCGAAAAGACCUGGUAUUCUCUGGUGAUGCAAAUACCGACCGGCUGCCCGAACUGGACGACACCACUGCAGCUCAGUCGGGCACAACCUUCAUCGAAGAUCCUACCCAAAGGGCUAGACAUAACAGCCAAAUGAUUACUAAACUCGUAGCUAAUCAAUCAACUACACCGUAUAACGAACCAAGCCUGUACCUCGAUGGCCAAGCUCUUAAAGAACUAAACAACUCAUUGCAAUCUGCUAGAGAUAAAGAGGAGGCGUCUCAACAAGCUUGGCAUAGCUUACAGUCUACUGAAUAUGAAUUGCCUGUAUAUUCCCCUUCGACGGUCCAAGGGUUCUUAUCUCUUAAAAGUGUAAGGUUCGAAAAGCGAAUGCCAAAUUGGGAAGAAAUCGUUCAAGAAGGUGAGACUGCUGCUUAUUCAUGCAACCUAGCAGAGACUCCAGGUCAGUUAGAGGAUUUCCACACAAUGUCGAAAAGCGAAACGCUCUCGCACGUGGAUGAGCCAAUGAUCUUAUCAUUGGAUACUCAAGAUGGCAAUGCACCUGCUCAACGAAAUCCUUUCGGAAUGGGUAAUCCGUUUGGGAUGUCAAGGGGCUUUGGAAGAGGAAACUCUUUUGUGGAGGGAGACCCCUUCAGAGCUAGGCAAGCAUUCACACAAUCUACUGUGAAGAAAGAUUUCUGA